UAUAAGCUCAGUUUCUUGGCGACUUAACACCCUCUUUCAUUGCCUACUCUCCAGCGAACUAAUCCCGGAUUUGUGACUGUUGAUGACAUAAGAGAAUCUUUAGCAAUUCUCAGAUAAUCAAACUGUUACCUUGGACGGUGGGAAGCAUCUUGAUUGAGUGGCUUAACUAGUGUUUUUGUAAGGAGAAUGUGGAAGCUUAAGAUUGGACAAGGCGUGGGCGAUCCCUACCUGAGCAGCACAAACAACUUCCUGGGAAGGCAGACAUGGGAAUUCGACCCAGAUGCUGGCACCCCUGAAGAGCGAGCCCAAGUGGAAGAGGCUCGCCAGAACUUCUACAAGAACCGCUACCAGGUCAAGCCCAAUGGGGAUCUUCUCUGGCGAAUGCAGUUUCUGAGAGAGAAGAAUUUCAAACAAACCAUUCCAGCUGUGAAGAUUGAGGAUGGCGAACAAAUUAGCUAUGAAAAGGCCACAGCAGCACUAGAAAGGGCUGUUAAUUUCUUCACAGCAUUGCAAGCCGAUCAUGGCCACUGGCCUGCAGAAAAUGCAGGUGGAUUGUUUUUCCUUCCACCUUUGGUGUUUGUCUUGUACAUCACAGGGCACCUUAAUACCACAUUCCAUGCAGAGCAUCGCAAAGAAAUCCUUCGCUACAUAUACAAUCAACAAAAUAAAGAUGGUGGCUGGGGACUUCACCUUGAAGGCCAUAGCAUCAUGUUUUGUACAGUUUUUAACUACAUCUGCAUGCGGAUUCUUGGAGAAGGGCCUGAUGGUGGUCAAGACAAUGCCUGUUCAAGAGCACGAAAGUGGAUUCUUGAUCAUGGUAGUGCCACCCACAUCCCGUCAUGGGGAAAGACUUGGCUUUCGGUACUAGGAGUAUUUGACUGGUCAGGAAGAGAUCCCAUGCCCCCCGAGUUUUGGCUCCUUCCCUCUUUCCUUCCUAUGCACCCAGAUAAAAUGUGGUGCUAUUGCCGAAUGGUUUAUUUGCCAAUGUCUUAUCUAUAUGGGAAAAAGUUCGUGGGGCCAAUCACACCUCUAAUUCAACAAUUAAGGGAAGAACUCUACCUACAACCUUACGAUGAAAUAAAUUGGAAGAAAGUGCGCCAUUUAUGUGCACCAGAGGAUAUCUACUACCCACAUCCUUUGAUACAAGAUUUGCUUUGGGAUAGUCUCUAUCUAUUUACUGAGCCUCUACUUAGACGCUGGCCUCUUAACAAGUUGGUUAGAGAGAAGGCUCUUCAAGAGGCAAUGAAGCACAUUCAUUAUGAAGAUGAAAAUAGCAGAUACAUUACUAUUGGGUGCGUGAAUAAGUCAUUAUGCAUGCUUGCGUGUUGGGUUGAAGAUCCAAAUGGUGAUUCCUUCAAGAAGCAUCUUGCUAGGAUUCCAGAAUACAUAUGGGUUGCUGAAGAUGGAAUAAAGAUGCAUAGUUUUGGAAGUCAGUCAUGGGAUGCUGCUCUUGCUCUUCAAGCAUUACUUGCUACUAAUCUCAUUGACAAAAUUGGACCUGUACUAAAGAAGGGUCAUGACUUCCUAAAAAAAUCUCAGGUCAAGGAGAAUCCAUCAGGGGACUUUAGAAGAAUGUACCGUAAUAUUUCCAAGGGAUCUUGGACUUUCUCUGAUCGAGAUCAAGGAUGGCAAGUUUCUGAUUGCACUGCAGAAAGUUUGAAGUGUUGCCUGCUAAUGUCAAUGUUACCGCCAGAAAUUGUUGGUGAGAAACUGGAACAAGAGGGAUUAUAUGAUGCCAUCAAUGUUCUACUUUCUCUGCAGAGUAAAAGAGGAGGUUUAGCUGCCUGGGAGCCAGUUAUAGCAUCAGCUUGGUGGGAAGUGCUUAAUCCAACAGAAUUUUUUGAAGGCAUUGUGGUUGAGCAUGAUUAUCUUGAGUGCACUGCUUCAACAGUCCAUGCCUUUAUUUUGUUUAAGAAGUUAUAUCCAGAGCACAGGAAGAAAGAGAUUGAAAAUUCCAUAGCAAAAGCUAUUGACUACAUUGAAAGCCUACAAAUGCCUGAUGGUUCAUGGUAUGGAAAUUGGGGAAUUUGCUUCACAUAUGGUUCUUUGUUUGCACUUGGAGCGUUGGCAGCUGCUGGCAAGACAUACAACAAUUCUCCAGUGAUGCGUAAAGGUGUUGAGUUUCUCCUUAAAACACAAAAGAAGAACGGUGGGUGGGGAGAGAGUUAUAAAUCAUGCCCUGAAAAGAAAUACAUAUCUCUUGAAGAAGGAAAAACAAACUUAGUACAAACGGCAUGGGCGAUGAUGGGUUUGAUUCAUGGGAGGCAGGCAGAAAGAGAUCCAACCCCUCUUCACCGUGCAGCAAAGCUAAUCAUCAAUUCUCAGUUAGAAAAUGGUGACUUUCCCCAAGAGGGAGCAACGGGAGUCUACAUGAAGAAUUGCAUGUUACACUAUGCAACGUAUAGGAAUAUUUUCCCAUUCUGGGCACUUGCAGAGUACCGCCGGAACGUUCCAAUGCCUUGAUGCCUUCCAUAUUAAUAAAUAUAGUGCUUAAAUAAGAAGUAAAGAACUUCUGAGUUGUUAAUUUUGCAGUUUCUUCUCUCCACGUUUUCCUUUGUAUCAUAAACAAAGGAUAUUGUUGUAUUUAUAAUGCCAAUCCCCCUCUCAACUAUCCCAAAAUGGACUAAUUCACGUAUGAAUAAUUUAUAAGUUUGAAA